UACAAAAUAAGUAAGAACCAGCAACCAAAUAAAAAGGCAAUUUACCGUAGGCCUGUCUCUAUAAAUAUGAUUGAACCACAAGAAGAUAGACUAGUCUGUACUUCUUUGUCUUCUUCUCAAGAUUAGCGAUAGUUAUUUCUCUGAGUUCUUCCAUGGAUAAGAGCUUCAAGCGAUCUGCUAUCUUUGUAACCUUCACCAUCUUCUUCUUCACUCCGGUUUCAAUCUCUGUUCCAUUCAUUCACUUACACGGGAUUAAUGAUCAAUGCUCAAGCGUUGAAGCUAGAAGCUUCACACAGCUCCUUAGGAACCUCUCCAGCUCCCCUGGCUACUGCUUAGAAAUAGGAAAUGGUGAGAAAGAUUCCAUGUACAUGCCCCUUAUGCAGCAAGCGAGUAUAGCGUGUGAGAAAGUUAAGCAGAUGAAAGAGCUGAGUCAAGGUUACAACAUUGUUGCACAGUCACAAGGAAACAUGGUCGCGAGAGGUUUGAUUGAGUUCUGUGACGAUGCUCCUCCUGUCCUCAACUAUGUUUCCUUGGGAGGUCCUCAUGCUGGCAUCUCCAUCAUUCCCAAGUGUCCUGCGGGAGCUAGUUAUCCACUUUGCCAGCUGCAGGAAACAGAGGUCUACAGCGACUCUGCUCAAGACCAUAUUGCUCCAUGUGGAUAUAUCAAACUCGCUACUGAAAUAUCAGAGUAUAUGGAACACAGCAAGUUUCUACCAAAGCUCAACAAUGAGAGACCUAACGAGAGGAACUCCACUUAUAAAGAACGUUUCACUAGCUUGCACAACUUGGUCCUAGUUAUGUUCGAGGGUGAUACAAUAGUAGUUCCUAGAGAAACUUGUUGGUUCGGAUUUUACCCUGACGGAGCUACGGCACCUCUUUUGCCUCCUCAAAAGACAAAACUCUAUAUUGAGGACUGGAUUGGUCUGAAAACAUUGGAUGAUGCUGGAAAAGUGAAGUUUGUCGGUGUCCCUGGAGAUCACCUCGAAAUGGCGCAUGAUGACGUUGUGAAAUACGUCGUGCCUUACCUGCAAAACCAGCUUUCGUUUUCUUCUUGAUGCAGAUCAACCUAAAUUCAUGAAUAAGGGCGUCCUCAUUAGUAAUGCCCUUUCCGAAGAAGAAGUUUUUUUGAUCAAUGGAGUAAUUUUUUUUGAACUAUUCAUCAUUGUAAUAAUUACGAUAACAUAAGUUUCAUCAUUUCUUUUCUUUUAAUAAUAAGAAUCACAAUAAAUACCUUUAACGGGUGUGUCUGAUAA